AUCCUAUAUGGGUCAAUGGCUGUGACUGUGGCGAUUGCCAAAAUAUACCUCUGCACGAUCUAAAUCCAAGGGCUAUAGCCUUUAAUAAUGAGGAUAUAACAUAUCGAACCUAUGUCAAGUAG